CCUUCUACUCCAGUGUCAUUUGACGCGUCAAAUGAAAACAUUUAUUAGAGACAGCCCGAGCGGUAGUUAUCAUCUGCUAACACUAAAUGUCAUAAACAGAUCGUUAACUCAGUACCUCGAGCAGAGAAUUACGUGAACGUUUCCUCGCGAACGAACGCCGCGUUUUUACCUGCAUUCGUUUUCAGGAUGCGGCUGUUUGGACACAGCUAGCGCGCGGCUCACUUACGUUAACGCGACCGGUCUGUAAAUCGCAUAAAGAAAACGUCCGGUAGUACUAGCGGAGGUAAUACCGUUGCAGCUGUAAGUCGCUUUCAGGCUGUAGAUGUAAUAGCAGAGGAAGGGGCGCCUGGUCAUCAGAGCAGAGAAGAGGGGGACCUAGAGUCGCGUCAUCAUUUCCGGGCUACCGAGCGCCGGUAGAGUGGAUCGGGACGCAGGAGCGCGGGGUACGGGGAGCGGAGCGGUGUCCGUGUCUAUACCGAGACUGCUGGACGAUAGCAUGGCCGCCGGGAAGGCAGCGAGCAAGCCGUCUCUCUGGCAGAACGAACGGCUCCGGUUCAUCGUGUGUUUCUGCGGAGUGUUCGUGUGUUACUUCUAUUACGGGAUCCUGCAGGAGACGAUCACGCGAGGAGACUACAGCCAAGCGGGGAAGAAGGAGAAGUUUCGUUACGCCACCACGCUAGUCUUCAUCCAGUGCAUCAUCAACGCGGCCUUCGCCAGGCUCUUAAUCCAGUGUUUCGAGGGCUCGAAGCAGGACCACACGAGAAGCUGGCUGUAUGGCGUGUGCUCUCUGUCUUACCUGGGCGCCAUGGUGUCCAGUAACUCGGCCCUGCAGUAUGUCAACUACCCCACGCAGGUGUUGGGGAAAUCCUGUAAACCAAUUCCGGUGAUGAUUCUGGGUGUCACAAUCCUGAGGAAGAGGUAUCCCAUGGCUAAGUAUCUGUGUGUGUUUCUAAUCGUCACCGGGGUCGCCCUGUUCCUCUACAAACCCAACAAAGGCUCCAGCACAUCAGACGAACACACGUUUGGCUUUGGAGAGAUGCUGCUGCUGCUGUCUCUGACUCUGGAUGGGCUGACAGGUGUAGCUCAGGACCACAUGAGGGCACGGUUCCAGACCGGAGCCAAUCACAUGAUGCUGAACGUCAACAUGUGGUCCACAUUGGUCCUUGGAAUAAUUGUGCUUUGGACCGGGGAGGUGUGGGAGUUUUUGUCAUUUGCUGACCGCUAUCCUGGCAUCAUCUAUAAUAUCCUCCUGUUCGGGAUCACUAGCGCUCUUGGACAGACCUUCAUCUUCAUGACUGUGGUGUAUUUUGGGCCGCUCACCUGUUCCAUCAUCACAACCACGAGGAAGUUCUUCACCAUCCUGGGGUCUGUGCUGCUGUUUGGGAACAUCAUCAGCACUUUGCAGUGGUUUGGUACCAUCCUCGUCUUCCUUGGCCUUGGACUGGAUGCCAAAUUUGGAAAGUCUCCUAAAAAGAUGACGCGCUGAAGCCUGGAACCCUUUGUGUGUGUGCGUGUGUGCGUGUGUGUGUGUGAGUGAGUGUGCGCGCGCCUGCGUCUGGACCCCUGUGACAAACAUAGACGUUUAUUCUAAACACUCUAACUCCAUCAUUAGUGUACUUAAGAGGUGAUGUUUUAGCACUCAAAAUAUUAUUACGCUGAUGUUCUGAACAUUUAAUUAUGGGAUAUAUUUGCCCAUCAUCGCAGAAUGGUAUCCAUGGUAACAGAGGGACAGUGCAAAAGCGUGUCUGCGCCUAAUCAUAAUCUGUCAUGCUCAUAAGGUGAAAUCAAAAAGAAAAGUUUGGAUAAAGAUCCAAUUUAAAAAGUCUACAAAAGGUAGACACACCACAGCCGAUUAUAGUUCCUGGAAAGACUCCCUCCAGCAAGCCAACCACUGAAUUUUUUAACUACCACAGUUCCUACUUUUGACACAUUUCUAUAUAUACCUCCUAGACAUUUGAGAAGUCAGAUAGGUGUGUUCUGCCUUAAUUGUAGUCUUAAUUUAGGCAGUAUAUUGUGAAACGUCUUACUGUCAUUGCAUUCCCCAAAAACUGUAUGUGUGUGGUGUGUUUACAAACACCUGUAUAGAUUAUUUGUCACAACAUGGCUUUUUCAUACAAGAUGUCAUAUUUAUAUUCAUGUGUCUCAUAUGUCUUGUUUAAAGCCAGCAAAACAAUAUUUAGAAAGUUGGCAUUUUUUUACGAAAAAAUAAUAAAUCAAACUCUGCAAUAUACUGUAUCCUUAUGUCGGAAUAAAAAUGGAAUUUUCUAGAUUAAUUCUA